GCUAACACAAAGACCCCGUUAAUUUAUCUGUUUUUUGGACACAUUUCUGCGAUCUCCAAGUUGAACAUGUCUGCAAACAUGGCAGUCUCCAGCCUGAACAUGGAGUCGCAGCUUUUGUCCAUCAUGAACGUGACGGUGAAGGCGGCGGUGUCGGAGAUCAUUCAGCUGUUCUCGGACAGCUCGGACACGCUCCGGCUGCAUCUGAGCCAGAGUCUGAGGGAGAACGAGACCCUGAGGAUGCGGAUGAAGGGGAUGAGGAGCGAGCUGUUCUCCCUCCGGCUGCAGACCAGGACCAGCCGGCCGGCCAGCCGCUUCUCUCCGCUCCGGGGGAACUUUCCCAAACCCCGGGCCAAAUCACAAGUCCUCAUUAAGCCACUGGUGACUGAAAAAGCUGCAGCUGAAGUUUCUUCCAUCACUCUACAACCAGAGAGCAAGACUUCCUCCUCCGCUACAGAAACAAAGCCUGAAGAUGUAGAGAGCCCAGAUGUUAUUCUGAUCAAAGAUGAAGAUGACGUUGGGUGCUGUGAACCAGCUGUUGGUCAGGAUAACUUCGGAAAUGGUGUUUGUGCCGGAACUCAGGAGUUAGACACAGCUGAUACCUCCUGCUCGACAGAUGAUAACAGGGAGCUGAGAAUCAUAAGUGUCCACGGUGGAGGAGAAGUGCCUCUGCAGGAGGAGAGUGCCACCCUCUUCACUGCAGCUGAACUUCAGGUUUUUAGUUCUCUGUCUGACCACAACAUCACACCUGAUGGUCUCCUAAAUUUCACUGCUGGAACGAAUGACACAGCAGCAAUAAGGCUGAUUCAUGACAACGGAAGCCAACUUGAAAGAAAUCAUUCCACUCAAAUGGCUUCCACAACACUGAAUACUGCAUUGAAAUCACCAGUGAUAAGCACUAAUGGUCAAGUGGGACUCCCCAGCCACAUCAGCCAGUUCCCCCAGCAGCAGAGCGUAUUCUCCCAGUCGGUGAACAAGUCCUUGGACUGCAGCUUUUGCGGCAAGCAUUUCCUCAGCCGCGAGGAGCUGAUCGUGCAUCGCGCAAGUCACACCGGGGAAUCGCCCGUAACCUGCCCCACGUGUGGCAAGUCAUUCGUCAACAAGACCACGCUGAACAUCCACAUGCGCAUUCACACUGGGGAGAAGCCAUACGCAUGUGAACAGUGUGGAAAACGCUUCACGCAAAACGGUAGCCUGAAAAUUCACCUGAGGACUCACUCAGGAGAGAAGCCGUACACAUGCAACCAGUGCAACGCCAGCUUCAACAACCCCAGCAACCUGCGCAGACAUAUGAUCACACACAACACCAACGAUAUGCUAUGAACAGGACUUAAUUUUAAAAAAGUGUGUUUAAUUUGCUGUGCAGUUGUGCCCCAGUGCAUAUGUUGGGUGGGGGUGUUUCAGCGUAUAGAGUUGGAUCUGGAAGCCUUUCCACAGUGACAGACUUAUAUGAUUUUUGUCUUUGAUCCAUUUUUAGAUUUAAUGAGGUGAGAAAAAUAUGCACUGAAAUCAUACCUUUUUUUUUUUUAGCCGUUUUAAACAACUUUACCUCUAUUUUCAGGAGAUCACAAGCAGUUGGAUAGACUGAUGUAUUUGCAAAUACUACCUGCAGUGUGGACCCCGUGGGUGUCACCAGUACUCGAGUUGAGGGGGGAUGAGGGGGGAUGACAUCCCCCCUGAAAUAAAAACGGUCAAAAUCAUCCCCACUGUAAAAAUGCCAUCCCUCCUUUCCAUCCCUUAUGUAAUUUCAUCAAUGAAUGUGGUUUUACUGCUAUUUCAACAUUUAGAGUCAUCACCAGAAAAAUAACACCAGAAAAAUAACUUAUUUGACAAUUUUCACCUGUUUCAAGUAAAUUUUCACUUGAAAUAAGUAGGAAAAUCUGCCAGUGGGACAAGCUUUAUCUUCUUAU